AUGAUUGAAAAUCUGAGGAGGCGCAAAAAAUCGCUGGACAACGUUUUUACGUUGAGACGGAUUGCACAGGACAGGUGGACCAUUGAAUUUGAGGAUACUUCCUAUACUAUCACGAACAGCACUUACACUUGCUCUCUUUUGAGAAAAGGCUCACACUGCUCACUCUGUGGGCUCUGCCCCUACAGCACAUUCUGUACCUGCCCUGACAAUCUGAAAAGUGGCAUAUCUUGUAAACAUCUGCAUUACUGGCAAAUGCAACAUGACGAUAGUGGUUGUGUAGAGACCUUAGCGAUUACGGCAUGUUCUGAAGACGCUGAGAAUAUCGCACCUACUGUUCCUACCCUGAAGACGAACAAAUGCUCGAUACCGUUCUGGUUGCUAUCAACGAGGAGACGCAAGUGGAUAUCGCGACACGAUGUAAAGAACUCAAAUUUCAGCUGGACGGCUAAGUGA